CCGUCCUGAGGAACAUAAAAGGCAGAGGAGGGAGGAGAGGUGCAUAAGAGUUGUAAGCUGUACUGAAGCUCGAACAAAGUCUACUGUCGACAGAGACAGCGCCAACAGAGAACAGGACAAGACAGCACUGCACUGCCUGGUACUCCAGCCCAGAGAGACCGCCAUGACCAGCCGCCAAACCCUCCAGUUCCUGGUCACCUUCCUGCUUGCCGCCGCAGUCAACGUCUGCCAGGCCACAGCCGGACCCCCCGUCUCCAAGCUGGGCACCGAUUUCGGGAUCCGCCUGUUCCGGGAAGUGGCAGCAUCGGCCGGCGAGCGGAACGUGGUGCUCUCACCGUACGGUGCGACAGCCCUGAUGGGAAUGGCUCAGCUCGGAGCUGCUGGGAACACCCUCAAACAGCUUUGGAGCACCAUGGGAUACCAACUGAAAGACAAGGGUGUGCCGCUGGCCCUGAGACAUCUCCAGAAAGAUCUGACCGCCAAGAGCAACCGUGACAUUGUCUACUCGGCCAACAGUGUGUUCAUCCAGAGGAAUAUGCAGCUCCCAAAUGCCUACUUGAAAAAUUAUCGCCGGGCAUUCAACAGCUGGCCCAAACAGAUCUACUUCCAGGAUGCCGCCAUGGCUACCUACCUCAUCAACAAAUGGGUGGAAAUACAAACCAGAGGCAUGAUCCCCAAAUUUCUCCGCCCAGAUGUGCUUGACCCGGUUCUGACCCGCAUGGUUCUGAUCAACGCCGUCUACUUCAAGGGGCUCUGGAAGCUGCCAUUCCCUAUUGAGGCCACCCACCAGAGGGUAUUCUACAAGGAGGAUGGCACUAAGAUCCUAGUGCCCAUGAUGUCGCAGAGCGCCAAGCUGAAUGCCAGCGAGUUUGUGACCCCCAGCGGCGUGGACUACGACGUGAUCGAGCUGCCCUACCACGGCGAGACCCUCAGCAUGUACAUCGUGGCGCCCAUCUACAAGAAGGUGCCCCUGUCCGCCCUCACAGACAUCAUCACCGCCUCGCUGGUCGACGAGUGGGCGCAAAGCCUUGAGACCGUCAAGCGCCAACUCGUCCUGCCCAAAUUUUCCCUGGAAAGUGAGGUGGAUCUGAGGAAGCCACUGAUGGCCUUGGGAAUAACGGACAUCUUUAACGCAAGAAAGGCCGACUUCAGCAAGAUUAGCACAAGCGAGCAAUUGUUUGUGGCAAAGACUCUGCAGAAAGUCAAGGUUGAAGUCAACGAGAGUGGGACAAAGGCAUCGGCUGCCUCUGCUGCCAUCCUUUAUGAGCGCAUGGCGCCAUUCGAGGUUGUGAUCGACAGGCCCUUCCUCUUCUUAGUGCGGCACAACCCCACAGGCACCAUUCUCUUCUUGGGCCAAGUCAUGGAGCCGUAGAGCACGAUGCCAACUCUGAAAAGACAAUACUCAGGUAUCAUCUCUGUGGAAACCCACAUCGGAAGGUAGAAAAAAGAAACUGGAAUUAACUGAGAGAAAAAUGUACAAUGAGGGAAGGAAGAUUUUUUUUGGAAUCCGGGGAUGAUAUCAAUUUCGUGCCUGGACCUUGCUCUCAUUUAACCAGCUGUGACUUGAACUUCAGCCUUCAUUAGACGUCAUUUUCUAAUCCACGGUCACAUGAGUAAUCCCCAUUCAUUGCGAAGUCUCGCUGCAUCCAAUCACCAGCCACUCGGAACAUCUGAUGCCAUCUGAGUUUGUAAUGGCAUGCGUGCCUGGUUCCAGCAACGCAACCCUUCCUCCUCCUUCCUCUCCAUUGGUGCAUUGAAUUCUGACAUCUCCCCAACCAACUUCGCUCUGAGCAGAAAUACCCCAAAACCUUUGCCCUCGAUCACUGCGGCACUUGGACCAAUUGCUUGUCACCUUUAUCGCACAGACCCCCCACCUCAAGUUACUCUCCAGCCAAAGGGCACAAAGCAAGAUCCCACAUAACCAUUAACGAGCGAGUCAAGCGACUUGGGUUGAGGGGUAAACGUUGACCAAUGCACCACAUUGAAGACGAUGCUGAGUUCAGUCAGGAUGGAUACGGGAUGUUUUUGGUUUGAAUGAACUCCGUUACACCCUGAAUGGCCCACUUGCAUUUCUGCAGGAAGAGGUGUGUUGUGACAUCCCUAGACUAGCCCCCUCUUCUUCCACCCAGCCCCCCUCCCACCCCCCCCCCACCCCCCGCCUCUCUGUGGGAAAUAUGGCACUGGGGGAAUGUGAGGAGAUGCAAAAUUGCAUGUCACCACACCCUGUAACACAAAUUUGGGGACCAUUAAUGGACUGUCACACUCACCCCACCCCCUUUAAAUUCCAUUCCAUAUUCCCCUCCAUGUCAAUUUCCAAUUGUCAUCUGUCAGUUCCUACCCUGUGCCUAGACUCUAUGUUAAUAUCCGCAUCGUUGAGGGAGGAGAGGUUGAAAUGCUGGGGGACCAGCUAUCUGCUUGCUGACUGUGAAUGUGCAGGAUGUUUCCAUUCUUACUUACACAUAUAUCUGUAUACCAAAACUUGCACUGUUGCUUCACUUUGGAAAAUAUGAAACCUCAUCAUGUAGUUUGUAAUAUAUUUUCAGAUCUGUGUAAUUUAUUUCUUUUGACUUUAGAAAUUGUUUUGUAUUUAAAUAAAGAAAAAGCUCAAAGGUGGAGUGGGAGCAUUGAGGAACGAGUGAUAUUUUUAGUGGGGAUUUCAACCAUUCUGUUGUAUAUAGUGAGUGCAUUCUGCAAAUAUAGGAAUUGGAGGGAGGUCAUUCAGCCCUUUCUGGGGAACCUGCUCACAAAGGCACACUUUGUUAUGGACAUUGCCCUUAACAAACCUGGUAAGAAAUAUUAUGACGUACCUCUGGGGAAGGUGAGGCUUGAACCAAGGCCCAAAAGAAAAACAAAUUGCUGGAAAAACUCAGCACCUGUGGAGGGAAAUCAGAGUUCAUGUUUCGGAACCAUCUUCGGAGCUGCAUGAGGACAAGGGGACACUUGCUGUUAUUGAAAGGGAUGAAGACUCACUGUACGUGAAAUGUCAACUGAUUUCUCUCCACGGAUGCUGCCAACCUUGUUGAGUUUCUCCAGCAAUUUCUGUUCUUGUUUCUGAUACCCGGCAUCCGCAGUUCUUUCAGUGUUUAAAUUUGAAUCUUGGUUCGGAGGUAAGGACGCUACCUCAAGAGCACCUAUUUCAUGAUUUGGAGAUGCCGGUGUUGGACUUGUGUGAUUUUUAAACUUUGUACACCCAACACCAGGUUAUAGUCCAACAGGUUUACUCUGAAGCACUAGCUUUCAGAGUGCUACUCCACAACCACCUGAUGAAGGAGCAGCACUCGGAAAGAUAAUGCUUCCAAUACAACCUGUUGGACUAUAACCUAGUGUUGUGUGAUUUUUUUUUAACCUAUUUCACCAUUCAACUUGAGAGUGACUUCACAUCAUUCCAGUGCCUAUUCGAAC